GGCCGCCUGGCCGCCUGUUCUCUCGACUUCAGUUAAAAUGAUUACUAAUCGACGAGCUGCGAGGAGUCCGGGAGAGACGGUGGACGUGCUGGAUCUUCACGGGGCGGGGGGCGAGGAUUUCGCCAUGGACGAGGAUGGGGACGAGAGCGUCCGCCGGCUGAAAGAAAAGGCCAAGAAACGGAAGGGCCGUGGCUUCGGUGCCGCAGAGGGGUCCCGGGCGCGGCCGCGAGCGGACGACGGCAGCGUGGAGCAGGACGGCGACGAGCCCGGGCCACAGCGCUCUGCUGAAGGCUGGAUCCUCUUCGGCACCGGAGUCCAUGAGGAGGCCACGGAGGAAGACAUCCACGACAAGUUCGCGGAGUACGGGGACAUCAGGAACAUCCACUUAAACCUGGACAGGCGAACGGGCUACCUGAAGGGAUACACCCUGGUGGAGUACGAGACCUACGAGGCGGCACGGGCUGCCCUGGAGGGGCUCGAUGGCCAGGACUUGAUGGGGCAGCCCAUCAGCGUGGACUGGUGCUUUGUCCGGGGCCCUCCCAAGGGCAAGCGGGGAGGGGGCCGAAGACGCAGCAGAAGUCCAGAGCGGAGACGUCGCCGAGAAGCCCUCUAGGUUCCCUGGGGUCCUGCUGCACACGUCAUUUGACACCGCAGCCUUGGAGAAAUGGUCUGGGGUGGAACUUGGUUUGCUUAUGUUUAGUGUUUUCCUAUUUGCUUAGUCGCUUUUUUUGAAUUAUGAAUAAAUGUUCCAUUUUUGUUUUCUAAAAAAAAGUGAUUACUAAUCAACCUUGUGUUUUAUUAAUCAACUACAAAAACCACGAACUGUUAUUUCAAAACUACUUUGACCAUAAAAAUAGAAGGUAUACAAAACGCUGUAAUCCUCAAAUAUUCAAAACAAUUUGAAAGGCAACUGUCAAUCACAAAUGCUUAAAAAUGACUAAAAACAUAUAGUUUACUUUCCUGAAAAUUAUCUUUAUGAAAAAGGGCACUUAGUGGAGCUAAAGAUUUUGUAAAAUAAGGAGCCUGUUGACUUUCCUAUAAAGCAGAUAUAUAUUUACAGUUUUAAAUAUAAAAAUAUAAAUAUAUUUGACAGAAAAGAUGAAAUAAAGAUUGGUGAAAAAUCCCAUCUCCCUUUCACUUGAAAAAAUUUUUUCCAGAGGCCAUGAGAACAAUACUGAUUUCAUUAGUUUUGUAUUGCCAGAAAAUCCUGAAUUGCAAAACAUUAAGGCAUUCACUGAAAUUUCAAAAGUGGGCUCGGAGUCUUUUGUUUUCUUCUCGGAGUCUUUCAAUUUCAGCCACCAAACCUUCAUUCACUGAGUAUCUUUCCAGUAAAGAGUGC